AGCUUCAAGGUUUAGGACCCUGUAGUUGGCCUUGGUCCCGGCUGAAACCCAUGGUGGCAUGCCGAACCCGAACCGAUUCGGUGCCCCACACGAGGAGGAGGAGGAGGACCUCCUAAGAGGGCGAUGGAAGGCAAAGAAGGCCCAGAAUAGUGACAUGGAUGAGGACUUGCUGCCCUUCAAGUUGAGCCCGAAGGCCAGUGCGCUGGUGGCUGUGGGCAUUUGCCUGCUCUUCCUGGUGCUUGUGAAGGUGGUGAUGUUCCCAGGGCCCAUUGAAACAGGCCCUUCAGGUCCGAAGAAGGCCGAACCUCAGAGUCUUCAGCAUCCAGGUGGCCAGAAUCUUGAUCAGCCCGCCAAACAGAACUUCCUCCAGGCUGAGUGAGCCAUGGUGACACAAACCAUGUCAUUGUUGUUUUAGGUGUUGUCCAAACGUUCUCCUGCAAAUUUCAGGAUCCCAGUCCGUCACCUGGUCAAGACGGGCUGGGUGGCCCGAAGGGGG